AUGUCCCUGCUCACCACGAAGGAAAUCGAUUUCAGGGGUACAUCUGAUGCAAGGUUUUUGGCGACUGCUGAAGCGGAUCUGAUUGUGUCGCACCUGAGCCAUCAAGACACUGCGCCCCAAAGGCGACUUCCCAGCUCCAGCUUCACCGAGAAGUACCCGGGCAGAGGUAUCGAAAUCCCACACCUUUUCGAAGAUGUCCAGAACCCAAGUAUGGUAGAAGGUGCUCGUGAAUGGAAUAGGCCACUCCUCAAUCUUUUUAGCCAAGGCUCCGUCAGUAGCGAGAUUGCGAAGGGCUUUCUCAACGAGACUGUUCGGCCAGUUGAAGAUUGGAGAGCUUGUAUUCUUGAUUGCUUUCGUCAUCCACCUCAACUGUUGCAUUUCGCUAGAGGAACGAGGGCCUUCCGUGGCAAUGUAGUCAAACCCCGCAUCCACCUCCUCGUCCGUCUUGUCCUCAAAGCGGGUAUUGGUAUUCUUCGCGGCAGAGAAGGUUUGGAGGUCAAAGACUUUGAAUUGAUAGCACCCCAAGUUCUCAAGGGUGUAUUGGAGGAUCUUUUUGCCUACCUUGGGAUUAGCCGCCCGCCAUCUGUAGAUGUGAGCCUUGCCGUAUACGGAGGCCAAGAAGAAGCAGGCUUUGCACUUGCUGGCGAAGACGAAAUGCUUGAUGAUGUAGUGUUUCUCAUCCGAAGUGGGAACGAUGAAGAUCUGCAAUUUGGUAUCCUUUGGGACAGACUGUCGUGGACAAAACGGAGGCAAGUGCGCUCGGCUGAGGUGUACACCGAGGGGAGCUUGGCCACGCUGGCAGCUGAGGAGCAGGAUUACAACCCCUUCGACAUGGUGACCACGACCACCACCAGCAUCACCACGACGAGGGCGCAACCUCCAGCCAUUUCUUUGAAAACGGCUGCCAAGCGAGGCGACGUGGAGGCCCUCGUGCAGCACCUGAAGGCUGGGUCCGAUUUGAAUGCGCCGGACCCCUGA